AUGGGCACUACAGAGAUUGCAGCCACUCCGGACCAUCCCCUAUCCUUUUUCCGCUGCUCUGCUUCUGCUGGGGCGGUGUUAGAUCGCCCCUCGUCGGCUGGAUCGAUGAUGGCACGCCCUGCUACAACUGGGGGUGUGUUGGAUUGCCCCCCUCCCUCCCCUCCGUCCGUAUCAGCAUUCUUCUCCCUAUGCUCUGCUCCCCAGCUGUCACCUCACGCCACACAUGCUGUCUCUGCUCCUCCUGCCACAGCUGCUGCCACUGCCACUGCCACUGCUGCUGCUGCUGCUCUCACUGCCACUGCCACUGCUGCUGCUGCUGCCACUGCCACUGCCACUGCCACUGCCACUGUUGCUGCUGCCCGAACCUGCAAGCGAGGCUUGGAUACCACAGCAGACCACGACAGCGGUAGCAACCCUGGCACCUCUGGGCGGCGGAGCGGUGGCAGUGCUGGCUCCUCCGGGCGGCAGAGCGGGCGGCAGCGUGGCAGCAGUGGCGGGGUCAGCGGGCGGCAGAGGUACCAGUGGCUCCCGGUUGACUUGCCAGACGACGGGUACGACUGGUGCAAAUACGGACAAAAACCGCUAGUGGUGGAUUCCUGCUGUAUCCGCUCCUACUACCGCUGCUUUCUCGGCGACCCCCGCCAGGUCAGCUUGCAUCCUGACCGAGAACCCUGCCCGGCAAAAAAAAUUGUUGACUGGAGGAUCACACCGGGUGUUAUCAGCAGCGCAGCUUCCUACGCGUCUACUAGUGGACGGUUGGAAUCAGGAGCAGUAGCUGAAGCGGACCAGCCUUCUGCUGCUGGUUGCACCACUCUCCUCCCAUCUGCUAACUCUACCCCUACUGGUGCUGAUACUGCCGCUGCUGUCACUGGAGUCGCCCCUACUGCCCCUAUCUCCCCUAUAAUCAACUACCUUAACGAGCAUAACCAUGAGGCACCGAAUCCCCCUCACUCCCGCCCGCCCAUCUCCCAGCGCUUGCAUAUCCCCCUUAGACGCCUCCCCGCUUCCGUUACAGGCUUGCUGAUUCCUGGGAAUGCUACACAAGGCUUGGAUAUGGCUCAGGAAUUACCUCCGACUGAAAACGCCCCUGUGGGAGAUUGGGUGCAGAAGAGGGAGGCUCGUGUAUCGGACGGUUGUGGUGGUAACCAUGUUACAAUGGAUGGACAGGGGGAGCUGGUGGGAGGAGGGAUGUUUACAGCAAAUCUGGACCUUUUGAGAGGAAAAGAGUCAGUGCAGCAGCAGCAGUGUUGGAUAGCAGGGAGUGAUGUGGCAAUGGGAGGCAUGUCAUUGCCUUUGGUGGACACAUGGCAGCAGCAGCAACAGCAGCAGCAGCAGCAGCAGCAGCAGCAGCAGCAGCAGCAGCAGCAGCAGCAGCAGCAGCAGCAGCAGCAGCAGCAGCAGCAGCAGCAGCAGCAGCAGCAGCAGCAGCAGCAGCAGCAGCAGCAGCAGCAGCAGCAGCAGCAGCAGCAGCAGCAGCAGCAGAAGAAGAAAAGGGAGAAGGAAGAAUUGUCAAUCUCAGCACUGCCAGCAGGCCUUCAGACGUCCCAGAGCGCAUUUCCAGCAGUGGCGACAGGAGCAGAGGUAGAAUCAGGAUUUGGCAUGGCAUGCCCUUUUGAAACCACCUCCAAAGAAGCAGCAGCGGCAGCAGCAUGGGCAGCAGCAGCGGUGGCAGGAGAGAAGGUAGAAUCAGGAAUUGGAUUUGAGAUGGAGUGUGCGGGAGCUGCGGCAUUGCGGUCUCAGUCUCUCUUAGAUCAAUACCUGGAGCGACAGCAGCAGGAGCAGCCUUUCGAGUCGACUCAGAAGAAACAGAAGGAGGAGCAGCAGCAAGCAUGGCACUCUUCACUGUGUUUCCCUGUGCUGUCAUCCUCAUCAGCCUUUGCAUCUCCCACCUUCUCUCCCUGCCUCCUCCCCUCUACCACUCUCCCCUCUAUCGCUCUCCCUUCUUCUGCUCUCUCCUCUAGCGCUAUAUCUGACUCUGUUACCCGCAUGCUCAGCCAGCCGCAGCUCUCCUGCAGCUCCCUCCACAAUCUGCAGCAGCAGCACCCGCACAUGUCCGGCAGGAAUUCAAGGAGGCUUGGCAGGAAGUUCGGCAGGAGGUUCGGCAGGAAUUCGUGGCACAGCAGCAGCAACUGUGCGUGUGCAGCGAGCGCAGGAUCUGGGGGUUACAGAUGCUCCUUUGAGCUUGCUGCUGCUCGGCCGACGCAAGCAGCAGCAGCAGCAGCAGCAGCAGCAGCAGCAGCAGCAGCAGCAGCAGCAGCAGCAGCAGCAGCAGCAGCAGCAGCAGCAGCAGCAGCAGCAGCAGCAGCAGCAGCAGCAGCAGCAGCAGCAGCAGCAGCAGCAGCAGCAGCAGCAGCAGCAGCAGCAGCUUCAGCAGCAGCAGCAGCAGCUUCAGCAGCAGCAGCAGCAGCUUCAGCAGCAGCAGCAGCAGCUUCAGCAGCAGCAGCAGCAGCAGCAGCAGCAGCAGCAGCAGCAGCAGCAGCAGCAGCAGCAGCAGCAGCAGCAGCAGCAGCAGCAGCAGCAGCAGCAGCAGCAGCAGCAGCAGCAGCAGCAGCAGCAGCAGCAGCAGCAGCAGCAGCAGCAGCAGCAGCAUUGGUGGGAUGCGUUUGUCGAUGCUGCUCCCCUCACACAACUGAUGCCCCUGACAAUGCAGAGUGA